AUGGGAUCUGGUAGUUCUGUAAAUGCCAACUACAAGCACUCCCUGCAGAAGUCUGAAAAUGCUUUCAAGGCAGCCGUCUUGAUCCAACGGUGGUAUCGGCGCUACGUUGCUCGGCUGGAAAUGCGCCGACGUUGCACCUGGAGAAUCUUUCAAUCCAUUGAGUACGCCUGCGAGCAGGAUCAGAUCAAGCUUCACGACUUCUUCAGUUACCUGAUGGACCACUUCACGCCAAGCAGCAAUAAAGAGAGGGAUUUUAUCAGUCGCAUGUUCAUAAGUGGGGAAAGCUUCAAAGAGGCAGAGCUGGAAAAAUACUGUGACUAUGAAUCCAUGGAGGUGCCAGACUCCUACACUGGACCCCGUCUCUCUUUCCCGCUCCUUCCUGACCAUGCGACUGCCUUGCUGGAAGCUUUCAAACAGAAACAACAGCUCCACGCUCGCUAUGUCUUAAACCUUCUGCAUGAGACCAGGAAGCACCUCAAGCAGUUGCCAAACAUCAGUCAUGUCUCCACCUGCUAUAGCGAGGAGGUCACCGUGUGCGGAGACUUGCACGGCCAGCUGGAUGACUUGUUCCUCAUAUUUUAUAAGAAUGGCCUUCCUUCUCCUUCCAAGUCCUACGUGUUCAAUGGGGACUUCGUAGACAGAGGCAAACAGUCCCUUGAGAUACUCAUCGUCCUCUUUACCUUCCUCUUGAUCUAUCCAAAAGAGGUUCAUCUCAACCGCGGGAACCACGAGGACCACAUGGUCAACUUACGCUACGGUUUCACCAGGGAAGUAAUGCAGAAAUACAAGGUGCAUGGGAAGAAAAUCUUGAAAAUGAUUCAGAAUGUCUUCUGCUGGCUGCCCCUGGCCACCCUGAUUGAUCAGAAAGUCCUCAUUAUACACGGGGGCAUCUCUGACACCACUGACCUGGACAUGCUUGAGAAAAUUCAGAGGAACAAAGAAAUAAACGGGGAGAGCAAAGUAGAGGCUGACCCAGCAGAGAAUGAGGCAGCCCGCAGUUUACCUCCGCAGCCCCGGCCAGCCCAGGCUCCCAGCACAGCCAACAGGCUGGAGUUCUCCAGGUGGGUUCGGCAGACGGUGCAGGAGCAAAUCGAGUGGUGUCGCCGGCUGGUGGACAUCAGCGAGUCGGAGGAGGAGGAGCUCACCUAUUCCAGUGUGGUCUCCUUGACGGAUCUGGAUGGGCCGUGCUGGACUCGCCAGGAGCAGUGGAAGCAGAUUUUAGACAUUCUCUGGAGUGACCCCAUGCCUCAGGAGGGCUGCAGAGUAAAUACGGUGCGAGGUGGUGGCUGCUACUUUGGGCCUGACGUGACAGGGAAGAUCCUUGAGAAGUACAACUUGCAGUUCCUCAUCCGCUCCCAUGAGUGCAAGCAAGAGGGCUACGAGUUCUGUCACAACCGGAAGGUGCUGACCAUAUUUUCAGCCUCAAACUACUAUGAGAUUGGCAGCAACAGGGGAGCCUAUGUGAAGCUGGGACCGGACCUCGUCCCCCAUUUUGUUCAGUACCAAGCAAACAAGACAGCCCAUACUCUCACUAUGACCCAAAGGAUCAGCAGAGUAGAGGAGUCAGCCUUUCGAGCCUUGCGGGAAAAGCUCUUUGCUCACACCUCAGCCCUCAUCAGUGCGUUCAAGGCCUACGAUAAGGACAAUACAGGAAGGAUCACACUGAGCAACUGGGCGACGGCAGUGGAGUCAGUCUUGCACCUGGGAUUGCCCUGGCGAAUGCUGAGACCGCAGCUGGUGCGCAGCACGGCGAACGGCAUGCUGGAGUACAAGUCCUGGCUCGACGACUUGGCCAUGGAGCAGCGGAGCCAAGAGCACAUCCAGUCAAGCUUGCUGGAAGUCAUUUAUCGAAACAGAUCCAACUUGGAGACCAUAUUCCGGAUCAUAGACAGAGAUCAUUCAGGUCUCAUCUCAUUUGAGGAAUUCCACCAAACCUGGAAGCUCUUCAGCUCCCAUAUGAACAUUGAACUCACAGAUGAAGGGAUCAACGACUUAGUUCGCAGCAUUGACUUCAAUAAGGAUGGAAACAUCGACUUCAACGAAUUCCUAGAAGCCUUCCGCCUUGUCGAACAAAAUUCCUGCUCAAAGGGAAGAUGCAACUUAGUUUCUCUAGUCAAUGCAUGUGAUGAAAUGUUACAGGUCUAUUCAAGUGUAGUAAAACGGAAGUAA